CGAGAGAGAGCGAGAGAAGAGACGAGAGAGAGCGAGAGACGCGAGAGAGAGAGAGCGAGAGAGCGAGAGAGAGCAAGAGGAGCGAGAAGAGGCCGAGAGAGCGCGGAGGAGAAGAGAGCGAGAGAGCGGAUAGAGAGCGGGGGAGAAGAGAGAGAGGAGCGAAAAGGAAAAGAAAUUUAA